AUGGCUUAUCAUCAGGAUCCUCUAGCUGAGACCUCAGUUGUAAAGUUCAAGGGCCAGGACUUUCAAUCCUUACGGGAUCAUUGCUUAAGCAAGGGCCUGCUGUUUGAGGAUGACACAUUCCCUGCGGCUGAUUCCUCCAUCGGCCUGAAGCUGCUCCAGGAGAAAGAACUCCAGAACCCAACGUGGAAGCGCCCAACGAUGGAUCCAUCAAGGGGCCCCCCUUACUUUAUCCUGGAAGGCGCAAGCCGAUUUGACAUCCAACAAGGCCAAGCAGGAGACUGCUGGGUCCUGGCAGCCCUCGGAUCCUUGACCCAGAGCCCGCAGUGUCUUCAGAGGAUCCUGCCGACGGACCAAAGCUUUUCACACAAGUAUGCAGGGAUUUUCCAUUUCCGGUUCUGGCAGUGUGGACAGUGGGUGGACGUGGUGGUUGAUGACCGCCUGCCUGUGAAGGACCAGCGCCAUUACCUCUUCGUAUGUCCUCGCAAAAACAACCACGAGUUCUGGCCCUGCCUCCUGGAGAAAGCCUAUGCCAAGCUGCAUGGGUCCUAUUCCCACCUGCAUUAUGGCUACAUUGAGGAUGCCUUUGUGGACCUCACCGGAGGAGUGGUGACCAUCCCAGGCCCGAGCCCCACCCCUUCCGACCUGAUGAUGGUGGUGAAGACAGCGGCCCAGGCCGGCUCCCUGAUGGCCUGCCAGACCCCACCUGGGCCCACUAUCGGGGACAGUGAGAUGGAGAAUGGCCUGGUGAGCAGACACGCCUACACAGUGACAGGGGCAGAGCAGGUUCAAUACAGGAGAGGCUGGGAAGAAAUUAUGCGCCUGUGGAACCCCUGGGGCCAAACGGAAUGGAAGGGACGCUGGAGUGACAGGUCUCUGGAGUGGCAGGAAACCCAGGACCCUAAGAAGCACCAGCUGCAUAAGAACAAGGACGAUGGAGAGUUCUGGAUUUCGUGUCGGGAUUUCCAAGACAACUUCUCCAGGCUUAUAAUCUGUAACCAGAUUCCAAUCAGCCUGGACCAUGGAAACACGCUGCAUGAAAGAUGGUCUGAAAUGACGCACGAGAGCCAAGGUACCAAAGGAAAUGCGGCAGAAGGCCCUUGGCAGGACCCUCAGUACUUGUUCAGUGUCCAAGACCCCACGGAAGGCUACAAUGUCAUCGUGUCCUUCACCAUCCAGCCACAGAGUUUGACAUCGACCAAAAGGGAAAUUCCACUCACCUUCCGAGUGUUCAAGGUUGACUCCCAGUUCCAACAGUUCCAGGAAAGACUGCCUCCCAAGUUUUUUUCCCAAGGCCGAGCUCAUGUCCAGGGCAUGCACUUGAAAACCAAGUACAACGUCACACGGUACUUCCACUUGAGCCCCGGGACCUAUGUCGUGGUCCCCUGGACGACCAAAGAUGAAGUUGGAUUCUUCCUCCGAAUCUUUGUGAAACUGUCAUCCAUGGACAGGAACCUGGACAGCAAUUUCAACCUCAGAGAAGUGAAGGCCAGCCAAAUCCAGCAAAACAUUUUCCAGCGAUAUGCUCAGCAGAAGCCGGACAUCGACGCCCCCCAGCUUCAGCACCUACUCAAUCAGGAACUCCUGCAAGGACUCCCAGGGGACACAUUCUCCUUGGAUGAGUGCCGGAGCAUUGUGGCGCUGAUGGACCUGAAGGUGAACGGCCGGCUUGACCAAGAAGAAUUUAAAAGGCUGUGGGAGCGCCUGACCAAAUGCCAGGCUGUUUUCCAGAACACUCGGAGGAGCUCCGGAGAUCUCCUGAGUGCGGAUCUGUGGCAGGCCAUAAAGAAUACAGACUUCCUUGCAGGGAUCUCCAUCAGCAGAGACCUGCUGGAGCUCAUGACCCUCCGGUACAGCGACAGUGCCGACAAGGUCAGCUUCCCAAGUCUGGUCUGCUUCCUGAUGCGACUUGAAGUUAUGUCAAAGACUUUCCGAAACCUCUCCAAAGAUGGAAGAGGUCUCUACCUGACAGAAAUGCAGUGGAUGCACCUCGUCAUGUACAGCUGA